AUGGUGUAUACGGUUGAUGAAAGGUUGACAUUCAGAUUUCGUGAAAAUUAUGCAGUAAAUUUAGGUUCAUUCUUUUUAUUGGAGCCAUGGAUUUAUCCAGAUAUGUUUGACAAAGGGGGAGCAAAUGAGUUCGAUGGUAUGACAAACCAAGUGGCAUCCAUCGGUUUGGAUGCUGCUGUACAAAAAUUACGCAGUCAUUACAAUGAAUAUUUUAACGCCAUUGAUUGGAAUUGGCUCAAGAAUUCCGCCAAUAUCACUGCCUUGAGGGUACCUAUCGGCUAUUGGCACGUCAAUAACGGUGCCUAUCUAGAUGGAUUACCCUUCGCCCCUUUGAAGCCUCUGUAUGCAGCCGCGACACCUUGGAUAUUUUUAAGAAACUUAAUCGCAAAGGCUUACACGUAUAAAAUUGGUAUUAUAGUCGACAUGCAUGGUCUUCCAGGUGGUGCUAAUGCUGAUUUCCACAGUGGUUACAACAAUGCUACUGCAACCUUCUUCACGAAUGAAAGCUAUGUUAAUAUCAUGUGUAAUCAAAUUUUGCCAUUCAUAGUGAGCGAUGUCUGUACUCCAAACGUCAACACCGUGGGUAUCCAAAUUGUUAAUGAGGCAAGCUACGAAAGCUCGGGAACUACACAAAAAAACUACUAUUUAAAAGCAAUACAGGCUAUAAAUAAGAUUGAUAGCACUUUACCAGUGAUCAUAUCUGAUGGAUGGAAUCCUCAAGUGUUUGCAGAAUGGGUCAAUAACUACAAUUUAGGCUGGACUACGGUUAUUGACACCCAUAUAUAUAGGUGUUACUCUGAUUCAGAUAAGAGUAAGAGUGCGGGUACGAUAAUUAACGAACUACCUUCUACUGCUAACUUGCCUAAGACGUUGGCAGAUUUUGUUAUUGGAGAAUUUUCUUGCGUCUUAGAUGAGGCAACUUGGCAGAAAACUAGUGGUGACAGAACUACUUGGAUCAAAAAUUUCGGUCAAACACAAGUUUCCGUGUUUAACUCGAAUGCAGGUGCAGGUUGGUUCUUUUGGACAUUGAAAUUUAAGUACGGUGAUGGCGGUGAGUGGGGUUUUGUACCUUGUGUCAAUAAGGGGUUCAUUCCAGAAAGAUCUAAAACAACUGUCAAUAUCGAUUCUAAUGCUGUGAAUAAUUUGAUAAAACAACAUCAGGAUUAUUGGAACAAAAUUGGGGGCAGCUAUGAAUUUUGGAGGUAUUCUGAUGCACUAAAUGGUGUUGUUGACGACAUCAAGAAAUUCUCAUCAUAUAACAAUUCGAGAAUUGGUAGAUGGGCUGCAUGGAAAAAAAUUCGCAGGUCUGAAUAUAUUGCCUCAAAAGGCGAUAGUCAGUAUAUGUGGGAAUGGGAUCAAGGAUUUCAGGCUGGUCUUGACAAUUUCAAUAAGUAUUGA